CCAAGUUUUUUGUCCUAUGAAAGUUCUUUAUGCCGAGCGAUUCACAUAGUGAGCAACCUGAGAGCAAAGGGAAAGAUAUUUCACUUGCUCACCAAGUAUCUGCACUGGGAUGAGCUGGUAUGGUUAUGAUCUUUGCCCUGCUACCUGGAACUACAUCUUCAGCCUGGAUCUUCUGUGUGCACAACUGGGCUGGACUUGGACCAUUACCAAUAUUAUACGGAAGGACCUUUGGCUGAUCCUGAACACUUGGCUGAGGCAAGCAAGGACAGAGCAAACACCGUUCCGAGACGUCUGUGUAGCAGCAGUUUUCAGGCUACUUGGGCGACUUGGUCAACUAGGACUUAAGGAGAACAUGCUAACGUCACUCGAAAACCUGGCAAAAAGCAUUAAUCAGUUUGGAAUUCAAAACUUCUUAAAAGGUAUGCCAUGGGAAGUGCAGCUCUCAGUCAUCUAUGCCACUCAUGAUCUGGCACCCAGCAACCCUGAAGCAGCUCUGAAGACUUUGGAAUCAUGGAGGAAAAACAGCACACAGCCCGUUCCCCCAGCCGUCAUCAAAUGCAUUACGCAAAUCAGCUUCCUUUGUCAUCAGACCAAGUCACAAAACUCUAAGAAAUCACAGUAGUUAGUAUUAUAGUGAGCACUGCAUCCCCCAGGUCUGUAUCCUCAGUCACCAGCUGUUCACACUGUGAAUCAUGACUGUGCUGCAAUGCACAGCUCCAAUCAUCAAGUUUAAUAGUCACAUGACCGGCAUGAGUCUCAUCAACAAGAACGACAAGACGCUUUCAGACAGGAAAUGCAGUGGAUAAUGGACUGGUGCUGACUCAACAAUCUUGGUGUUCACCUGUGGAAAACCUCAUCUGGUCUCACAAAGCCACCAGCAUUGUGGAUGACCACAUACACCCUUUAUACAUUAUUGAUUAUAUAUAUAUAACAUAUAGAUAGACAAUGAUUUAUACCACAUAAUCCCAUUUGUUCAUGGAGAUGUUUACUGUCUCUUUUUUUAAACACUUUUACAUGUUUACACAACAUGAUCAGCAUAAAAACAAAUAGUUUCACAAUGCAGUUUACUAAAGAAUUGUUAAAGAGUCGUCAUACCUGCUAAUAGAGACACACAGAGACUCACUACAGAUGCGCCCCCUAGUGUUUCAACAAAUCUCCUUCAAUACCCAAACCACUAUAAACACUUAAAUGCAAAGUAAUAAAAGCUUUAAAACCCUUUGUUGGGACACGAGGUGACCUAAAAACCAAAAAACAACUGUGGUUAAAAAAAAAAACUUGAUAAAGAUCUCCUGGACAAAUCUCACAUCAGUAGGACAGAA